AUGUCCGACGACGCACCAGGACCAGCUCCUGCUUUUACUCUAGCAGAGCCCGAAAGCUCAUCGGAUUUAAAUGAUAGGACUCCUGCCCGCCAACAAGUACUUCAAGACGACAAUCUCCUAGGGCUCGUGUUCGAGCAUAUGGCUAUUGAUCACAGGCUGCCAGAUAAUGACGUAUUAGAUGCCAGCAAAGGUCUCAUCUCUGCAGCUCAAGUGUGCAAGGCAUUCAUGGAACCAGCCCUGGACUGGUUGUGGGAGGUUCUGCCGUCUUUGAUACCAUUGUUGAAAUUCCUGCCGUCUUUCGGCGAAUCGGAUGGGUACUACGUCCUGGAAGGCAUACGCAAGAACGAUUGGGAAAGAUUCGACUAUCAUGCGCGCCGUGUCCGCAUUCUCGAUCUCAAGCCUACGAGAAUCCCGGUGAUGCGUUACCUCUAUCCAUAUCUAGCACAGUGCCGAAGUGGACCUCUCCUCCCGGCUCUCCGGGAGCUGCGUAUUCGCAAUUCCUCCUCUUGCGACAUCUCUCUCGCCUGCAUCAUACCCACUCCUCAUCUUCAAGUUAUCGAACUGCAGAACAGCGCCAUCGCCGAUGCCCAUUUCUUCUCCCUCUUCUUCACGUCCGUAGGGACGGAGCACCCCAACCUCAGGAGUCUGUCGUUGGAGGGAGAACGUGUUGUUGAUCUCAGGCCAUUGCUCCAACUCAGGGACCUACGAAAGCUAGAGUUACGAAUGCCCAACAUACACCUUUCGACAACCUUCAUGGAGGAGCUGGGGUGCCUAGAAAGCCUCGUUGAGCUUACACUCCAUGCUGGCGUUAUCACUCCAAACAUCAUUCCGGAACCCAUCAGACGAGAAGCCCGCCCUCGGGUGGCAUUCACCUCCAAAUACGCAGCAUCUUCUCCGAGCAAGAUUCGUCAUUUGAAACGCCUCCAUGUUCUCGGAACCCUGCCCACUAUUGUGCGAAUCUUGGAAUACAUGGAUCUCAGGUCGUUGACCUCCUUUGUUCUUACCGAAUCACCAGACCCGUCCGGCACCCGACUAGAUUCCUUUUGGCUGAUGUCGUUUGAACACCUUGCCGCCUCCAGGUCCCUGACAUCUAUUGAAAUUAACCAGACGUCGGAUCGUCCCAAUGGAGAGGAAGGUUACUCUCUUUCCGCCGCAGCACUUGAACCCAUAUUGGGGCUCAAGGCGUUGAGGUCCAUGAUCAUUGACAACGCUUCCUUCAAAGCAACUGAUAAAGAAAUGAAGCAGUUCUGUUUAGCGUUUCCGCAUCUAAAAUCCCUUAUACUACCCACUAAUCCCUACAUCUCCUCUCCAACCUUCCUCCUUGUACUCAGCCAACUAGCCAUGCAAUGGGUUGAGCUGGAAAAGCUCUGCAUCAGCCUUAGCGUUAAUGUCGACCUCCAGGACACACUAGACGCCUUGAAGAGAGAAGCCGACAAGAUGCCUCGGACCCAUAACCACCCACUUCGUAAAUUGAGGAUCGGGGUUUCCAGCGCCCAAUUUUCCACGGAGCAGAGUGUUCAAUUCGCGCGUUUCCUCGAUCGUGCCUUUCCCAACCUUGAAGUUCUGACUGGAUGUGGCUCUACGCAGGUCGUAGAUCAUUGGGGAAGGGUCACUAACGAGCCUUGUGACCCUUUGACCCUGGCCCGAACAAUCCAAGCUGGGUUUCGGGAAGCAAGGAGCUGGUGGAUUUCAAAUUAA